CAAGGACACCAAAGAGGGGGGACGUCAACGCUCCGACUUCCUCCCGACGCUGCCUCUGAUUGGCUCCUGGGCAUAUAAGAAACCAGUGAAUGAGCAGCUGGCCUUUGCAGAAACUUGCCAGAGGUCUUUGGGUGGCAUCGCCCCUUCGUCCUGGUCAACCCGCGGGCUAGCCGACCCGGGGGGAGGAUGAGGUCGUCCUCUGUGGUGCUCAUCGCCCUGGUGGCACUGGCCGCUUAUUACAUCUACAUCCCCCUGCCCAGCUCCGUGUCGGAACCCUGGAAGCUGAUGCUGCUGGACGCGACUUUCCGGGGCGCACAGCAAGUGAGUAACCUGAUUCACUGCCUGGGCCUGAGCCAUCACCUGCUUGCACUGAAUUUCAUCAUCCUUUCUUUCGGCAAGAAAAGUGCCUGGUCCUCUGCUCGGGUGAAGGUGACCGACACUGACUUUGACAGUGUGGAAGUCAGAGUGUUUGAAGGCUCCCCAAAGCCAGAAGAGCCACUGAAACGCAGUGUGGUUUAUAUCCAUGGAGGAGGCUGGGCCCUGGGAAGUGCAAAAAUCAAAUAUUAUGAUGAACUGUGUACUGUGAUGGCUGAGGAACUGAACGCUGUCAUUGUCUCCAUUGAAUACAGGCUAGUUCCCGAGGUUUAUUUUCCUGCUCAAAUUCACGAUGUCGUACGUGCCACAAAGUAUUUCCUGCAGCCAGAAGUCUUACAGAAGUAUUCGGUGGACCCUGGCAGAAUUGGCAUUUCUGGUGACAGCGCUGGUGGGAAUUUGGCCGCUGCUGUAAGCCAACAGUUUAGUCAAGAUGCCAACCUGAAAAACAAGCUCAAAGUGCAAGCUUUAAUUUAUCCAGUUCUUCAAGCUUUAGAUUUUAACACACCCUCCUAUCAGCAAAAUGUGAACACCCCAAUCGUGUCCCGGCACACCAUGGUAAAGUACUGGGUAGACUAUUUCAAAGGCAACCAUGACUUUGUCCAGGCAAUGAUAGUUAACAAUCACACUUCGCUCGAUGUGGGAGAGGCUGCUGCCCUCAGGGCCCGUCUAAACUGGACAUCCCUCUUGCCCACAUCCAUCACAAAGAACUACAAGCCUGUCGUGCAGACCACCGGCAAUGCCAGGAUCGUCCGGGAGAUCCCGCAGCUGCUGGAUGCCCGUUCCGCCCCACUCAUCGCAGCCCAGGAGGUCCUGCAGCACCUCCCAAAGACCUAUAUUCUGACGUGUGAGCAUGAUGUCCUAAGAGACGACGGGAUCAUGUAUGCAAAGCGUUUGGAGAGUGCAGGUGUGAAGGUGACCCUCGACCAUUUUGAGGAUGGCUUCCAUGGAUGCAUGAUUUUCACCAGCUGGCCCACCAACUUCUCAGUGGGACUCCGGACUAGGAAUAGUUACAUCAAGUGGCUGGAUCAAAACCUGUAAAGGAGUAAAAUUUCUAGAAUGCUUGUUUGUGCCCCUCUUGACCUCCUGUACCUGCUUUGGAAAGACGUGCACUUUUUAGUCAACUAAUUUCCCCUUGUUACUUGUGAGCUAUGGAACCUCUCCUCCCUGCUGUGUGUUAAUUUAAUUUUUUAAAAUACAUUUGACUAACGUUAAGUGCAAAAAACAUCUAAAUCUGGUUCUCAAAGUGGGCCAGUCUCUCUGUUCUUGUUCUAGCCAAACUACUACAAACACCCACCACUGCAGAAAGCAGGACUAGGAGCUAAAAAUAGCUGUGGGUCCUGCUGUCAUCAAGCAGUUCUUUUUAUAAUAGAAGAAAUUCUUCCAGCUGUGGGUGAUAACAGUGACCUUUAAUGAGCUGAGAAAAUGUGGGCUCUUCCUCAACUUGCCAGAGUUUACUUUGAGUUCAGAGGACCGUUCAGUUAAAUGUGUGCACUUUAGGUCCAGAACUGGGUUCCAAGUGCUCUCUGUCCCUUGUGGAUGGAUGGUUUUGUUUCCUAUGGGAAUUUCGGCAAAGGUGUUCUAGCAAGGACAAGUUUUUCAAAUGACUUUCUUCCUUUAGAGUGUUAAUUUUAUGAGAUAACUUUCUAUAAGUCCAGUCGGAUUAUGAUGAUACUUGAAAGUUACCUUCUACCACUAUUAUUAGAAAAUAUAAGGUUGCAUGCACUGGAUAUCUGUAUAUUGUGUUUUGGUUAUACCGUCUCCUUGGGGGAGAACUUUUGGGACCAAAUUUAUUUAAAUUUAGAAUAAAUUUUCCAUUAUAGAACAAGACAGGCAAAUGAAUCAACCUAUUGUUUUCAUAAUGAAUACUUCUGACAUAAAUUACCAAGAGCAGUGUGUAUAUAGUUGGCAUAGUCAGGAAAGAAGAUAUUAGUUUAAAAUUAUGAAAAAUACUUGUGAGGGUCUAGUUUAUUCUUGAAAAAUUCAAGUUUUUCACUUACAUGGCUUAAAAAUGGGGCUAUUUUGGUAUAUAUAAUGUAUUGUUUAUUUUUUAAAGUUAUAUAGUGUUAAUAUAUAUAACUAGACUUAAGAUUUUUCAGGAUAAUGUCUGUAAUGAAUACUAAAAUUAAUAAAACUACCUUAGAGUUUAAAAAACUACCUUAGAAUUAUACCCACUUGUAAUUUUAUGGAAAAAAGUAACAUGGCUAUUAAUACUACUAUACAUUAGGCCUAAAUAUUUUUGUGUUCGUAUGCUUAUACAAACUAAGAUCAUUAGAAACUGUGACUUCACCUAGUAAAGCCAUCUAACUUUAGAGUUUACAGCUUAGGCAAGACACACACCGCUCAUUUCUGCUCUCUAUGGUCAGAGGAACACGAGCUCAUAUUCUUCUGGGUGAAGGGCAUCCAUUGGCACCCGGUGCCUACACCCUCGUUAUCUCCUUCCACCAAGUCUAGAAGUCCCUGUAGCUCACGUUUUACUCAAUGUAAAGCUGUCACUGCCAGUGGGAACAUCUUUGGCCUAACAAGAAACUCUACUUCUGACAUGAGUGGAGCACCACUGCACUCCUUCCUGCCACUCUCACUUCUCCCCCCGUCCAUGCUAUUUCCAGGGACUGCAGAAGGGCGCAGUCCAGCCAAGUGAUGAUACAAUAAGUUUAUCAGUGGGGAGACAGGACAACCUUUCCCUCUUUGGAAAGAUGGGUAUUUCUCACAAAGAAAAAUUUGCAUGGUUAUUUUACAUUUAUUAUGUAAGCUAGUAGCAUUUUAUGUGCAACACAGAAAUAAAUACAGGACUGUGUGUCUGUGUGAGUAUAACAAUAAUCAUACAACCUAGCAUGCUAAUGUGCUCAGGCAAGCCAUUUACCACCUCUGGGCCUCUUUUCCUUUUCCUCUAAAAUCAGAGAAUUGAAUUGGUUGAUCUAUGAGGUGUCAUCCUCUAUAAAUUUCAACCAUUUUUGUCAGACUGGCAAAUUGUAUUGACUGUUCUUCUACAGUGGUUUUCUUCAGGUCAUUUAUCCCAUAUACACAGACACAGGCACCAUCAAAAAAUUUUUUUUUCUGACAAACUGGGAUUUUAGUUCUUACUCUAUGGAUUUUAGUUCUUACUCCUCAUUUAAUCCUAUUCUUUUUGACACCCUUUGAAGGAACCAAUGUUUGGCCCUUAGAGGUUAUCCACCUCUAAUUAAAGCAAAGAAAUUAUAAUACGUGCACAGACUUCCUUAAAAUGACACCCCCUUGCCCCCAGAAUUGUGAGCCAAAUCCUAUAGUAAUUUAUAUAUAAUAAAUGAUUACAGAUCUCUAAAGAGCUCUCUCAGAUGAAAAGGGAGUGAAAGGAAAAAGGAGACAAGCACCAUUUCAGAUGAAAUACUUGAGUUUCAUUAAAGCUUUUAUACAUGUGAAUAAUUUGUCUAAUGACUUACACUGUAUCCCACCUCAGACCUUGCUUGAAGGUCUUGCUUGAAAUUCUCCUUGGAAUAAUAACAGUUGUGAAUCAUGAUAUACAAAAACCGCUAGAUAAGGAGAAGUUAAACUAACCAAAAAUCUGAGUGCUAAGAACUCCUGUGGGAAGACUGCAGAGUUUAUGUUGAAGGUAGUUUGGUUUGGGGUGAGUUCAUUUUCUUUUAGCUUUUGUUCUUAUUAAAAAAAAAAAAAAAGGUAUGGCUUUGUUUUGUUUUCCGAUUUUAUGAAAAAGUUGAUAGCCUUUUUGUAAAUCAUUGCUUGUGAAAUAUGAACAUAAAUAUAUGAAGAAAAAAAUCUUGAAGUGCUGCAAAAUAUAGUAAAGUGUAGUCUUAAUGUUUUAUCGUUGAUCUGUGAAGACUUAUAUAAUUAUCUUGGUGGCUAUAAUGUUCUAUGCAUGACUUUUUAAUCUUUGACUUUUUGCUUACUUCCCACUGCAAAGGGAAAGGCAGAUUUUAUGAAGGAUUUUAGCAGCAAAUCUAUUAUAUAAGAUGAAAAUCCAGUGUGGAGAUAGGGGAGUAUAUAUCUGUUUUGACUCAUGCUUGGAAAUAAAAUGACUCCAUCUGGAAA